UGUUGUUUUCGAACCGUUGAACGGAGAGCAUUUUUAUUUAUUAAUUUAUUUAUUAUUAUUUCACAUCAGACUGUUAGGCUGUGCGCUUGGCUUUUCCCCCGUUUUUGUUUAGUUGUAUUUUUUUCGUUUAUUAUUUCUGUCGCGCCGUUUCCGCUGUAACUUUUCGCAGACUACCGUAGUACUAACUGACGAAGUUCCCGCACGCUAAAAUGUCUGAUUCAGAAGCUGUUGUUGAGAAAAGGCGUGGGCGCCCAGCAAAAGACAAGUCUGAGGAUGCUGUUAAAGAAUCCAAAAAGCGUUCACGUGAAGUUGAGAAGAAAGACAAAGAUGUUUUGAAGAAGGAUGAUGAAGUCCCAGCCAAAAGAGGUAGAGGUCGUCCUCCAAAGUCUGCUUCCGGUGGAAAAAAAUCAGAUAAGAGCAAGAAUAAGACUGGUAAACGUGGUCGUCCAAAGAAGAGUGACAAAAAAGAAAAGGAAGAAUCUGCUGAAGAAGAAGACAGCAAAGAAGAAAAUGAAGAUGAAGAUGAUGAAUAAAUAUUAGGAUUAGAUUAAUCUCAAUAAUUGUGUGUUCUGUGUGCAUCAUGUCCUUAAUUUUAGAUUGCAU